CAUCACCAUAUUUCAAACCUUAUUUCAUUAAAACAUAAAAAAAAAAAAAAAAAAAAAAAUCCCCAAAACACUCUAUUUUUGUUCAUCAAAAAAUUAAUAUUUCAAAAAAAUUAUUUUCUUGAUGGGAAAUAGCUUAAGGUGUUGUUUGGCUUGUGUGCUUCCUUGUGGAGCCUUAGAUUUGAUCCGAAUAGUUCAUCUAAAUGGUUAUGUAGAAGAAAUCACAAGAUCAGUAACAGCUGGGGAAAUUCUCCAAUCAUAUCCAAACCAUGUAUUAAGUAAACCUUGUUCUCAAGGUAAUUAUAUGGUUAGAAAAAUCAUGAUUUUAUCAUCUGAUUCUGAGCUUAAACGUGGUAGUAUCUAUUUUUUGAUCCCUGAUUCUUCUCUACCGUCUGAUCAUUCCAAGUCUAAAAAAUCUUGUGGUAAAAAUAAGAUCAAGGGUCAAAAAUUAAAGAAUCAUGAUCUUGUUGAUCAUGAUGAUCAUGGUUUAGAUAAGUCUAAGUUUAGUGAUGAUCAUAAUAAUAAUAUUGCUAAAAAUAGUAAGCUUUUGGGGUUGGAUUUGUCUACAUUAGAGAAUGAUCAUGAAAAUAAUGUAGUUUGUGAAACAAAAUCUAAGUCUAAAUCUAAAUCGGGAAAGCAUCAAAGGAGAAGAAGCAGCAGGGGUAAAAGUGGUAUUUGGCAGCCUCAUUUGGAGAUUAUUACUGAAGAUUUGUGAUUUUUAUUUUAUUUUAUUUUUCGAUUUUUUUGAGGUUUUUUUAAAUGCCUUUUUUAGGAAAUUUAAUAUUCUUUACUCAUAGGUUAUUUGCAAUUAUAUGUGUAAAUUGCAAACUAAAGCCUUUUUUUUCUUGUCAAAUUAUUAUGUGGAUACAUAUAUUUCAAUUUAAUUUUUCGCUAAGUUGAAAUAUUGUAAUUGUAAUUUAUCAAGGGAGCUUAAAUUAUUUGAAGCAUACC